UUUAGUUGAGAUAUCUGCGUAAUCUGCGGAGAACAUGGCCUACUGACAUUUAAUAACAGACUUAGCUAAGCAAUUACUUAAGUUUUUUCGUGCAAUUGGGGCCAUAUCAUCAUGAAAAUUUCAAAACUUUUAAAACAGGCAGCAACUGAAAUUAGAUGUCGGAAAUGGUGAACUAGUUUUUUUUUUAAACAUUUAUUCUAAUUAAUGUGUAUGACACAAAAUAAAGCUUAAAUUUUAAUAGCGUGACUAACGCUUUUGGGAGUAUUCUUCAAAUUUUAUUGCUAAAAGAAUUUUUUUUAGAUUGUUAAUUCCUAAAAUGUACCGAAUCACUGUUUAAUGUCUUUCUAUUACUAUUAACAACUGCAAAGGGUAUUUACAAAACUCUGAAAUUAGACCGUCAGCUUUAACACAUACAGAUAUAUGAUUUACCACUUUUUAACAAGUUUUUUUCCUUCCAUUGCAGAAUGAGACGCAAGGUAAUGCAACUGCAGGGAGUCAGUUACCAGUACAGGAAAUAGAAAGAGUUCUGCUCUCAGAUGCUGCACAGAGUGUGUUGGAGAUGGGAUAUCAGCCUAAAAUUAUAAAGAAGGCGAUUGAACAAAUUCUUAGACAGAAUGAUUCACAAAAAAUCACAGCCCAGAUUCUGAUGGAGAAAGUAUUAGAGAUCGAGGAAGCAGAAAAGCCCCCACAGACUGUCCCUGCACCUAAUGCAUCAGCAGCCGCACAUGCCAAGCCAGCAUCCGAGACAGCCAGUGAAGAAGGUGCAAGUUCUGGUAAUCUUAAAACAGAAAGGAACGGCAACAAAAUAGAGAAAGGUAAAGCCUCUGCAGAAGACAAACACAAAUCAACCGGUAAGUCUCGUCAUUUCUGCUCAUUUACCUAAUGAAUUUCCUUAAUUGUUGAUUCUGUCAAUAACAUACUGAAGCAUAAAGUUUGCUUUCAUAUACAUUACCGUCUGCUAAAACACCAUGUACAAGGUAUAAUCUUAUGUAGAUAAAACGUAAUGAAAAUAUAUAUUCUCGGUUCUUUUUAUCCGAUAUUUUGUGUCUGUGUAUGUCUUUGAUUGUUAAUCCCCCGCCGUGGCGGAGGGAUUAUAGGAAUGGUCUGCGUCCGUCCUUCCGUCCGUCCGUCCUUCCGUCCUUCCGUCCGUAACAAAAUCUUGUCCGGUCCAUAUCUCCUUAACCCCUUGAAGGAUUUUCAUGAAACUUGGGUCAAAUGAUCACCUCAUGAAGACGAUGUGCAGAACCAAUGAGUCAGCCUUGUCGGUUCAAGGUCAAGGUCACAACUCAAGGUCAAAUGUUUGAGCCUGCCAUUUUGUGUCCGCUCUAUAUCUCCUAAACCCCUUGAAGUAAUUUUAUAAAACUUGGGUCAAAUGAUCACCUCAUCAAGACGAUGUGCAGAACCCAUGAGUCAGUCAUGCUGGCUCAAGGUCAAGGUCACAACUUAGGGUCAAAGGUUUGAACCUUCCAUUUUGUGUCCGCUCUAUAUCUUCUAAACCCCUUGAAGGAUUUUCAUCAAACUUGGGUCAAACGGUCACCUCAUCAAGGCGAUGUGCAGAACUUAUGAGUCAGCCAUGUCGGCUCAAGGUCAAGGUCACAACUGAAGGUCAAAGGUUUGAGCCUUCCAUUUCGUGUCCGCUCUAUAUCUCCUAAACCCCUUGAAGGAAUUUUAUAAAACUUGGGUCAAAUGAUUACCUCAUUAGAACGAUGUGCAGAAAUUAUGAGUCAACCAUGCCAGCUCAAGGUCAAGGUCACAACUAAGGGUCGAAGGUUUGAGCCUUCCAUUUGGUGUCCACUCUGUAUCUCCUUAACCCCUUGAAGGAUUUUCAUCAAACUUGGGUCAAAUGAUCACCUCAUCAAGAACUCAUGAGUCAGCCAUGUCAACUCAAGGUCAAGGUCACAACUGAAGGUCAAAGGUUUCAGCUCUGUAUCUCCU